AUGCACUUACGAAGUUCCUCAUCGCCUCUUCCUCCAAAUACAGCGCAAUGUCGAACCCCCCAUCAUCCACUCGGGGAUGAAUACCAUCAAAGCCUGGGCGUCUGCCAGGGAAUGUGCGAUUUUGACUCCGAUUGCAUAUCCGCCCGUGGAGAAGAAGUUGAUCUGUACCAGCAUCCCUGGGAGACCCUUGUAGUAACGGAGAUUAUGCCAUGCAAGCGGCGUUUGCGAGAUCAGGGCAUUCUGCGGGAAAUCAUCCCCGAUCCAAAAAGCAGAGCCAGACGCUCGCUCUUCUGGACAAGGGGCCAAAGAUUCAACGGGGAAGUCGUGGUAGACGACAGCCCACUCGACGCCUGGGUCCGUGUCGGUUCCAUACCGGAUUAUAGGUCGAUUGAAUCGCUCUGUAUGUCACCCUCCCGGUGCCCAUUGUAG